AUGGGUAAACGGGAUUUUAUCAGCGGAGAUGGCGCUGCUGCUUUUCGCAAGCGCCAGAAGAUCACCCACGAGACGCCCACAAGCGAAGAAGUUACCUCGAGCGACCAAUUGCGCAAUCUCCUCUCGUUCGACCAGGAUUUGCGCAAUGCCAGACACGGCCUCCAAUCUUUUAAGAAUCUCCUUGAUCAGCUAGUUCACGAAGAAGGCGACCGAAAAGUAAACCUCGAAAUCCUCCAUCAGUACCUGGAAGCCGUCAAGCCUAGAGACAUCUCCGAAGAUGCGGUCUUCCUCAACGACAUUAUGGAAAUGUGGUCCUUCGCUGUGCAAGUCAACAACGAUGGUGUCAUGUCAUCUGUUGCUGUUGUCUUAGCCUUGCUGCUCCAAGUCCUGUCGGGCUCCUUGCAGCUUGUUCGACACGGUCUCGGCAUCUGCCAGACCCUUCUACAAGAGCGACAACUCAAGUCAUUGUCGAAGAAUCUUUCUUCUGAGAAGAGCAAGGGCUUCAUCAUCUCACCCACCUUGCGUCUACUUCGAGAGGCCACAUGCUUGGAUGGAGGUGCCUACGCGAAGCGCAUCUUCCGCGCCCGAAACUCUACAUUGACGUCGCUUGGACGAAAUCUCGAAAUCGGACAUAUUGGCGAUACUCCGGAGGAUGUACACAAGGCUUCUGUCAGGACAAAUGCCGUCCGGUUCUUCUUAAGCCUCCUCAAGUUCCUGGGUUCUGACGGAAAAAAGGAGCUGAUAACUCAGAAAGAGCUCUUGUCUCAUCUGACUUAUAUGAUCAAAACCGAUCCCCCAUAUCUCAUCACAGACAUCAUGGAUUCCCUAAAGUCGCAUGUCCUCAAGGACGAGAAGAUUCCUCGAGAAAUUAAAUUCCGAAGCUUCAACACUAAGUCACUGAUGCGCUUCCUGGCUCUGUACACAUACUCCGCCGAUGGUGAUGAUGUGGAUGAGAAGUUGACCGUGAGCUACAAGGCUCAUCAACUUCUUCUUUAUAUCUGCACGACCUCGACUGCUGGUGUGCUAUACCCUUCUACUGGUCUCUAUCCAAAAGAAUCAGAAGACGACUCAACGCCAACUGGACGGACGCAGGCUAACACGCUCCUCACUGACAAGUACAAGGAAGAGAUUCCUGUGUACAACUUCGUCCUUGCCGAGUUUGCCCAAAAGCUGCGUCCUUGGUCCAGUCUGAAGCACAACGAGCUUCUGAUUGCUAUCUUUACAGCCGCCCCUGAACUCACAGCCAAGUACUUCCUCAACAACCGAUCUUUCACCUUCGAACCAAAAUUGUCCAUGACCUGGAUUGGAUAUGCCGCGUUCCUUUUCAACACCAUGCAAAUCCCUCUUCCUCCUCGCUUUGGGGAUCGUUCACGGUCCGCCAAGGCUCCCCCUCCCACAUCCAUUCUGCUCGACAAUAUCAUCCCUCUCCCAAUUAACCAGAAGGUCAUUAUCCGGUGUCUCUCUUCAAAGUCCAAUCUUACAUCCUUCUUUGCAACUCGCAUCCUCAUCGUGGCAGUUGAAAAGCUGGCUGAAGCCCUCAAGAUGCACGAAGAGGUGUCCAAGGGCAAAGAUCCCAUCUGGGCAGAAGCUAGCCGUCGCUUGAUUGAUGCCUUCUGCCAGCGUAUCCCUGACAUGAAAGAAAUUGUUCGUUCUUACAAAGGAAUUCCAGUCGAAAAUAUCCUUCAUAAGACUAUGGCCAGUCGCUUGUUGCGCCUUUAUUAUGAAGUCAUUCCCCAAGUUGCUCUUGCUGCCAACUUUGACGUCUCGCCUUUUUUCACGGAAGUUCUUAAGUCGCUCAACAAGGACAGUGAGCAGCACGAAGACGAGUCUUUGAGAGUCAUGGAGCUUGAGAACCUUGUAUCAAUUGCCAGCUAUUCCCCAGGCAUGCGAUGGUUCUCAAGAAUAGACAACCUUAUCGACGGAGCUGGGUCGUCGCCCUACACUGCCCUCUUACGGCUGCUUUGUGAUAAGAAGCGAGAUCUUCCAUUCCAGCAGCUGAAGAAGGUUUUGGGCGAGGUUGCUGUUGAGAACCAGCUAGUCACAAAAGCAACCAUCAUGGCCCCUAUGUAUGAGGCGAUUCAGUCAACAUUGGCUGAUGUGCAGGAGAAGCAUAUGGAGAAGGUCUGGUUAUUCGUGGACAACUGCAUCAACCGAUGUGCCUCUUCGCCGAUCAAGUACCUCGACUUGCUAGAGACAUAUGUACAGGAAGACAGUUCAUCAUCUUCUAGUACAGAGACUGCUCUGGUCAAUGUAACAAUGGUGGAACAGUUACCGUUUGCUAUGAAGUCUGCCAGCAGCGAUGAGCAAGCUGCUCUUGGCAAGUUUCUCUCUUCCUACUUCUCAGCUUCAUACCAACUGAGGAAUGGGAAACAACUCACCAAAGCCUUGUACAAACGCAUCUCAGACCAGUUCUCUUCGAGUAAGGUUAAGAUGAAGAAGCUCAAGGAGGAAAAGACGAGCGACGCAGAUGCUGAUGAAGAUAUGCCUGACGUCGACACGGUUAACACCAAUGGUGCAAAGGAUGGGUCGGCCAUCGACUCCACAAAGCUUGAGGCCAUGCUGCAUGUGACGCUCGCUGAGGAUGAGGAUACCACGACAUUGACCAAAUGGGCUGGUAAAAACCCUGAGGACCUUAUUGAGGAUGGUUGGGCCGUCGGGUUAAUCCGUCUCCUUUCUUCUUCCCAUACCAACAUCCGCAAGGAGGCUCUUACCAGCAUCCUCAAGAUGGCUGCUAAGCUAAAGGAAUCAUCAUACGAAGAAAAGGACCAAGUUUGGCUCCUCUUCUGCGAGCUCGCUGAGUCUUCACGAGAUCAAGUUGACAAGGGCCCUGUUCCUUCUGCUUUCACUGCAUUUGCUAUCCACUCACUGGAGGUCCUCAAGAACCCGCUGCACCCGCUCUACCCCAAAAUCAACAGUUACCUUACUCGCAGCCCUGUCUGGUCUUCUGACAAGCUUCCUCUUGCCCACGAUAUCCUCCACGGCGAGCCCUCGGAAGAUGACAAGUACUACACCGAAAUUACAUGGCUCCUUACCUACCUCCUUGACAGCCUACGCACACCCUCUGACAUGAGCAUCUUCCACCGCAAGCGCUGGUUCGAGAAGAUUCUCGCGCUCGGUGCCAACCCUUAUCUGCGUGUCAACUUACGUACCCGUCUUCUGCGUCUACUAUACCGAGCGACCUAUAUCGAAGGUGGUAGCACCACACUGAUUACUCGUUUCGGCAUCCUAAGCUGGCUGGAUACGCAGCGCGCUGCUUUUGAGGGAGGUGAAGAAGCGGAUGUUAUGAUUGCGCUGAUGAAGAGGGUGUGGGACACAUGUGAUCAAGAGAAGGUCAAGGUUUGGAGUAAGGGGGGAGUUGAAAAGCUACUUGCUGCGCAUGUUUUGUAA